AUGAUAGUUAUUGCAUCAACUGCUGAAGUUGUUGUAGCAACUACGAUAGUUGCUGCGAUAAUUGUUGCAACAACUAUCGUAGUUGCUACAGCAGGUGAUUAUGGUGGCAAAAGAGGUAUUGGUAACAAUGAAGGUAGAGGUGGUGGUUGUUGUAGAGAUAACUGUAAAGGAGAAGGAGGUGGCAACAAUGGUGGUAGAGGAGGAGGAAGUUGUGGUGGUGGUAGAGGAGGAAGAACUAGUGGUUAUGGUGAAGGAGAAAGUAGUGAUGGUUUUGGAGGAGGAAAAAUAGGAGAAAGUGGUGUUGAUGGAGGAAGAAGAGGAAGAAUUGGUAGUAGAGGAGGUAGUGACGACGACGAUGAUGGCGACAGAAGGGGAGGAGAUUGUAGCGGCAAAAGGUGGGGAGGAGUAGGUGGGUGA